AUGCGUUUUGCUGCUUUGCUGCUGGUCCAGCUAUUACUCCCGACAUAUUACACUCUAGCAGACGACGUCAGCUUCGACUAUGACCCGACGGACGUGACCGCCUGGGAACAUGACUACGGCCAUUAUCCUUAUCGAACCUUCGAAUCGACCGACCUGACGCCUCCAGCCGUCGCACAUAAAAUCGAUUCACCAGCAUGUCACGAUGGGUUGUUCACGUUCCUUACGCCUCGAGGCACUGCGGUCAAUGAGAGUCGUGGUAUGGUCAUUCUCGACGAAGAAGGAGAACUUGUGUGGAUGCAAAAAACGGAAGGACAACCCUACAACCUUGAUGUACAAACGUACCAGGGCACUCCACACUUGACCUACUGGUUCGGUGAUGACACUAUUGGAGGUCAUGGAGAAGGCGACUACUACAUGCUCAACUCGUCUUACGACCUGGUUGCAAAGAUAUCCGCCUUGGGCGACCUACAUGCCGAUCUACACUCCCUGAGUAUUACACCGGACGAUACUGCCAUCAUCAGUAUCUACCAGCCAUAUGAGAAAGAGAAGGGAGGGCGACUGCAAUACAUCUGGGACUGUCUGUUCCAGGAGAUCGAUAUAGCGACCAACAGCCUCGUUUUCCAAUGGCGUGCGUCAGAUUAUCACGAUACCUCGGAAUCAUAUCAUGACCCACGAUACGAACAAGAAGGGGUAACCAAUAUCACGCAUUGGGACUGGUACCACCUCAAUUCGGUUGAAAAGGACGAUCUGGGCAACUACCUCGUCUCGGCCCGGUAUACUCAUUCCAUAAGCUAUAUCGACGGUCAAACUGGCGAUCUGAUCUGGACGUUGGGAGGCAAGCGCAACAUGUUCACAUCUGAUGACAAUGCGUUCAACUUCUCGUCUCAGCAUUUCGCUCAAUUUCAUGCAGUCGAUGAGUUCCCAAGUUUGGUUGCCUCUUUGGGUGCUAGCCAAGCAGACAUCACUACACGUUUGAUCAGUCUCUUCGACAACGCCAAUGACGAUACUUGGGAUUCGGGGUUGGCCUCGAGGGGUCUACUUCUGGCUAUCUCAUAUCCUACUCAUCCCAGACCUGAUAGCAAGAUCAACAAGAACGACUAUAGUGCUCGCAUCGUUCGCGAGUAUGUUCACCCAAACGAGUUGAUCGCCGACAGCCAAGGAAGCUUGCAGAUUGUCCCUUCAACAGAUGUCAACCAAGACCCUAGCAUUCUUAUUGGAUGGGGCGCACGAUCAGUAUGGUCCUCGUAUUCAUCUUCAGGCAAGCUCAUAUGCGAGGACCAUUUUGGUACAGAAGCUGCUAUCCUCAACGGAUCAGUUCAAUCUUACCAUGUGAUGAAAUAUCCAUGGAUCGGACUGCCGAGCGAACCUAUUUCGGCGGUCUACAACUCCGAUCGCGACAGUCUGUUCGUCUCCUGGAACGGAGCCACCGAGACCGUCUCAUAUGCGCUGCAGCACACUGAUCAUAGUGGCAACGACUAUGCUGACUGGGUCUACAUAAGCAUCACUCAGAAGGACGGGUUUGAAACAGAGGUUGUCGUCGGUAAAUGCGUGACGCGCUUCGUGCGUGUUGUUGCACUAGACAUGGCAGAUAAUGUGCUCGGUGUCUCGGAAGCAGUUGAGCUGCCAUUUACAUCGGUAAGUGUCUUUUCCUGA